CACAACACAGCACAGCACCCCACCCAUCAACCAACUCGAGAAUAUGUCUGGCGGUUGGAACACUAUUGAGUCCGAUGCAGGAGUUUUCACCUACCUUGUUGACAACCUUGGUGUCAAGAAUGUCCAGUUCGAGGAGAUGAUUGCGCUGGAUGCGGAUUAUCUUAAUCAACAAUCUCCCGUUUAUGGCGUCAUCUUCCUAUUCAAGUACCCUGUCGGCCAGAAGAAAGCCGACGAAGCGGUAGAUGGUCAGUACGAUUUCGCCGCUUCUGAGAAUAUAUUUUUCGCGAAUCAGACGAUUCAGAAUGCUUGCGCUACUCAAGCUAUCCUCUCGGUGCUGCUCAAUCGUGGAGAUCUUGAUCUAGGCGAUCAAUUGAGAGAGUUUAAGGAGUUUACUCAGGCUUUUCCCGCAGAGCUCCGCGGUGAAGCUUUGUCAAAUUCUGAGUUGAUCCGUGGCGUUCAUAACUCUUUCGCUCGUUCUAGUCCCUUUAUUGAUGAGGGCACCCGUGCUGCUACCGAGGAUGAUGAUUUGUACCAUUUCAUUGCCUACACUCCUAUCAACGGUAUCCUAUACGAGAUUGACGGUCUACAGCCCUCUCCCAUAUCUCACGGGAAGUGCACGGAGGAACAAUUCCCAGAAAAGGUCAUUCCGGUCUUGCAACGGAGGAUAGAGAGGUACCCUGCCACCGAGAUUCGGUUCAAUUUGUUGGCGAUGGUACAGGACCUGAGGAUCAGGGCCGCCGAGAUCGGCGAUGUUGAAACGGUUGCUCGGGAGGACGAGAAGAGGAAGAUGUGGAUAUGGGAGAAUGAGCUUCGCAGGCAUAACUUUGUCGGGUUUGCUCAUGAGGUCUUGAAGAGAGCUGUUGCGAGUAAGCUUAGGGAUGGCAAAUACGAUGAGUGGAUAGACGAGGCGAAACAGAAGGCUAAAGACCGAAUGAGCGAGAGGAAGAAGGUUAGAGGCGAGAAGGAGGAUAUUGCUUCUCCUUAACAGAUGGCCGCUGUUGUUAACAUGGCAAUUCCAUACUGGUACUCAGAGGGUACCGCAGUUGUCACACUAUAAAACCAAUUCUGGAAAUCAGGGUUGUGAUGCAUGUUCAUAACAAUAAGUGGUGAUGGUCGUUG